GAAGUGGCGACGUCACCAAAAGAGAGCGAGGGAAAAGGAGCAGGAGGAUCUUCCGCCCAUCAGUGAUGUGACAAGCUUACAAAUGCAACCAAAACAACACCGCCAGCCAUGACGCACUUUUAGUUUCCUCGAUUCUUGUGGGCGUCGAAUUCUUCUUUUAUUUCUCUCUCAGUCUGCGAGCGCCAUGGUGGAGCAGUCGGACAAAGCCCCGCUCCUGGACUGGGAGGAGAUCCCACCGUCAGACGCCAACCAGGCGGCUCCGUCGCCACCUGCUCCGCCGCGGGAGAAGCAGGACGUUCCUGUGGGAAAGAAAAGUUCCUCACCAGUCAGCCUUACGGUGACGGAUAUCGGCAGGAGGGACAUUUCCUCCACCACCGCCACCACCACCUGCAACCCAACAGCUGUUGUUGGCGGCCGGGAGAGAAGCAAGCCGGGGCGGGCACAUAUGCGGGGUCAGCCCGUACCUCCCUUCCCGGAUCUGACGGCGAGAGAUCAGUGGGAGGAAAAAGACCAGAUCGUGGCUGUGUUUGUGGUCACGUUUAAUACACGAUCAGGAAACAUGGUGGAGUGGUGCCUGCCUCAUGACAUCAACCUGGAUGGAGUUGAAUUCAAGGCAAUGGCCAGUGGCUCCCAUAGGAUUACUAACGACUUUAUAUAUUUCCGUAAAGGCUGUUUCUUUGGGCUGGCCUGCUUUGCUAACAUGCCUGUGGACAAUGAGCUGGAGCGAGGAGCCAGGAUGAAGUCUGUGGGGAUUCUGUCUCCUUCCUACACGCUGCUGUACCGCUACAUGCACUUCCUGGAGAAUCAAGUCAGGCUCCAGUUGAAGAAUCCGGGUCAGUAUUCUCCGCUGGAGGCCUUCUAUGAAGACAAGAAGGCCAUCCUCCCACCAACAGGAAACGGCCUGGUCAACGCUUGCCCUACCUUGAGUGUGACCACGAUCAACCGCUGUAUGCACCCGGAAAUGAAGAUCACUCACCCAGCUGGCUGCAUGUCCCAGUUCAUCCAGUUUUUUGGGGAGCACAUAAUGGUGCUGUGGAAGUUCGCGCUGCUGAGGAAACGCCUCCUCAUCUUCUCGCCGCCGCCUGUCGGUGUGGUCUGCUAUCGAGUGUACUGCUGUUGCAGCCUGGCCAAUGUGUCUUUACCCACCAUUGGAGCGUCUGUGCCAGAAUUACGACCUUUCUUUUACAUAAACAUAGCUGACAUCACUGCCCUGCAAACAGAGCUGUCAUAUGUGGCCUGCACCACGGAGAAGAUUUUUGAGGAGAAGAAGGAGCUGUACGACCUUUACGUCGAUAACCAAAAUGUGAAAACGCACAGGAGCCACUUGCUGCCGCUGCUGCGACUGAACGCUGCAGAUAAGGAGCGGUACAGGAAGCUGAGUGAGCAGAGGCAAAUGUUGCUGUACUCUCAAGAGGUGGAUGGAGACUGCACGUCCAAUGAGGAGGACCUUUUUAUUGUGUUCUUCAUGGAACUUAAUAACCGCAUCUUUCACAUCCUGUCAGAGGUUGCGGGCAGCGCUGACCCCAUGCUGACUGCUGAGCACGUGAGGGCCAUGGGGCUGGACCCCCAGGGCGAUCGCUUCUUCCUGGCAGAGCUGCUGGAGGUGUACGGUGUCGACGUCACCCUGGUCAUAGACAACCUCUGCUGCCACUAGCCUUGGAAAAUGGGGAUGAUAACGGAUUGUGGUGACUUGAAGGUUCUCACACGCACAUUGAGACACUACUUUCACCCUGACCCUUGCCUGAUUUUCUCUCCUUUUUUUUGUAUUUUUUUUAUGCGUGUUGGUCCUUUGACUAUGGACUCACUCUGGGCUGAUGCCGCUGCUUUGGCGGUGCUCUGUGCUCUUUUAGCCGUCUUAUCACUGCACUCUUUUUGUUUGAGCGUGUCUACCUUAUGUUUUGUCUUCUACACUGAAUGUGUGGUCGGAGUAGGGCUGAUUCAUGGACAUCUGUCAAAGGCUUGACCACUCUUUUUGCCUUUAAAAAAAAAAAAAAAAAAAGCAAUAGAAGUCUGUGUCUGUAAUCAGCCUUUUAUAUAUUACUGUUAGCACAGAGGUGUCCAAAGUGCGGCCCCGGCGCCAUUUGCGGCCCGCAGCAUAUUCUAAGAAUAGAAUUUAACAACAAAACUAAAAAUAAAAAAAAGGAAAAAUUGCAAAAGUCAGCAGUAAUUUUACAAGAAGAAAGAGAAGACAAGAAAAUUGACCAGAAUAACAUUUUAGUAGCAUAAAGUUGAAAUAUGAAAGGAAAAAAUACUUAAAAAAACAAAAACAAAACAAUGAAUAAAGUUGACAUUUUUGGAAAAUAAGGUUUCAGAAAAAGUUCUAAUGUUAUGAGAAUAAAAUAAAACUACUGUGGGAAUAAAGUCAUAAUUACGAGAGAAGAAAGUUGAGAGAGAAAAAAACAAGUAGAAAUGGGGAAAAAAGAACUGUAAGAAUUUAAAAAAAUUAGUCGAAUUAAUCGAAUUAGAAAACUUUACCAGAAUAACAUCAUAAUAUUAUGAGGAAAAAUGUCAUUUUAGUAGCAUAAAGUUGAAAUGUUCAACAAAAAAGUUUUUCUUUUUCUUUUUUCUAAAGGUUGUAAUAUUGACAGAAACAAACAAAACAACAACUAAAAUUGCAAUUUUUGAAAAAUGAGGUUGCUGAAAAAGUUAUGUUACAUGAAUAAAUUCAAUAUAUUACUGGAAUAAAGUCAUACUUACGAGAAUAACAUUUAGAAGAAGAAAGACGAAAAAUAGCAACAUUUGGAGAAACAAACUACAGCAGAAAUGGGGAAAAAAAUAGCAUAAAGUCAAAAUCUUAAAAGAAAAAAAUCAUUUCAAAAAUAAGCUUGUAAUAUAAGGAAAGAAUUUAUUUUAGUAGCAUGGUGUUGAAAUAUGAAAGAAAAAUAGCGUUAUUUUUUAAAAGUUCUAAUAUGAGAAACAAAGUGAAAAUGUAAUUUCUGGGAAAUUGGGUUGGGGGGAAAAAGUUAUAACAUUAUGGUAAUAAAGUCAAACUAUGGCAAUAAAGUAUGUGGAAAAUUAAAAGAAAAACAGCCAAAAUGGGGGGAAAAAAGAGCAAAGACAGAAGUUGAUACUAAUAAGUCUUUUUCACCUGUAUCACAAAGCUGAGAUGCACUUUUUUCUUGAAAUACCGUAUAUAAAGUAUAACUUCUGAGCAAAUCUACAUGUGUUUCGUUCAUUUUUCAGUAUGCGGCCCUCGCUGGAAAAAGUUUGGACACCCCUGUUUUUGCACCUUGAACAUGAAUUAAGUGGGCGCUUUUUUUGUCAUUGAUUUGAGGUGUGGAUGAAUGUAAUGUGUUUGCACUCCACGCAAUGUUAUCAUGAAUGCUGCACCUGCACCAUGCCACCGCACUAAAAAAAAAAAAAGCAAGAAGUGCUUCAUUGCAUCUUUACGGGUACAACACCUUAACACCUUGUCACUUGUUGUCAAAGGUGCCACUGCUUUUGUAGCCUUGACGCUUCACCUUAGAAACACAUGCAUAUUUCUGGCCCUGGAAAAUGUACAAACGGUUACCUCAGAGUCCGCAAAAAUGUCUGCCUUCAGCUGUGUGAACGACUGCACCGCUACUGCAGAUAUGUCCUGUUUACGUUAUACGCUGCCAUGCAUCAACCAGCGGCACAUUUUCAGCUUCUGUUGUCAUUCAUACUCCAUUUCGGACCCCUUGAGGUGCAGAAACUGGCUUCUAGUGUGCCCCCGUCUAGGACUGUCAGCCAGGGGUGUCCAAACCUUUUCCACAGAGGGCCACAUGGUGAAAAAUGAAAGGAUAUUUUGUAGAUAUACUAAGAGGUUAUAUGCAUUUCAAGAAAAAAAACUGCAUCUCAGCUUUGUGAUAUAGGUCAAAAAGCAUAUUAGUAGGAUGAACUCUCACAUUUUUGCGUUUUUUUAUUUUCUAAAUGUGUACAUUUUCUUCUUGUAAUAUUAUUACAAGAAGAUUCCCAAGAUGUUCUCACUUUGUCCCAAACCUCAUUUUCCAAAAAAGACAACUUUUUAUUUUGUUUUGUUUGUCAUAGUAUGACAUAAUAAAAUAUUUCAACAUUAUUUUCUCCCAUAAUAUUACGAGAUUAUUCUCAUUAAAUGGCCACUUUUCUCUUAAUAUUAGCACUUUAUCCUCGUAAAAUUACAGCAAUUUUUCCCAUUUCUGCUAUUUUCACUUUCAUCUGGUAAAUGUUAUUCUUAUAAUAUGACUUUAUUCCCAUAAUUUUCUAGACAUUUUUCCCCAACCUAAUUUUCCAAACAUGACCAUUUUAAUUUUUUGCUUUGCUUCUCACAAUAUUACGACUUAAAAAAAACAAACAAACAUAUUUUGUCGAAUAAAUUAUGACUUUUUUUCUCAUAAUAUUACGACUUUAUUAUUGUAAAAUUGCAGCUGUUUUUUUUUUCCAUUUCUGUUUUUCCCCCCCAACUAUUUUAACUUUCAUCUGGUAAAUGUAAUUCUCGUAAGAUGACUUUAUUUCCAUAAUAUUCUAUGCAUUUUUCCCCAACCUAACAUGACCAUUUAAAUUUUUUGGUUUGUUUCUCACAAUAUUACGACUUAAAAAAAAGCAAACAUAUUUUGUCUUUAAUAUGUCAACUUUAUGCUAAUAAUUUAUUUUUUUUCUCAUAAUAUUAUGACUUUAUUCUCGUAAAAUUACGACCUUUUCUUGUUAGAUUACGUUUUUCUCUUAAUAUUUGCACUUUCUUCUUGUAAAAUUACUGCAGAUUUUUCCAUUUUUGCUAUUGAUUUUUAUUUUCUUGUUAAAUUUUGUUGUCUGAAUGUGCCGCCGCCCACAAAUAGCCCCCGGCCUGCACUUUGGACACCCCUGGUGUAAGCGGCGCGCUUGUGUGCGCUGUUCACUUCUUCUCUGUGAGCCUGGUUGUGUUUUUGUGUGCUGUUGUGGCUGUUAAUACGUUUACUAAAGCUGGUCCGUCAGCUUCAUUUUCUCAGAUCUUUUUGAGGGAACGCCAAGGAGAUCCUCUUUCUGUGCGACAAAGUUCUCUUUGUCAACUUUGUUGUGGGAGAAGCUUUAACCUUCCUUAUUGGAAUUCACAGACACAAAAAAAAGACUCUCCCUGCUUCUCUCUUUUCAUCGCCGUCUCAUUGAGGGAAUCCAAUGAAGUCUGGAGUGCGACCAAGUGUGUGUUGGAACUCUGCUGGCAAACGGGAGGUGUUCGUCCAUCACAUUGCCAGUUUGGACGAUGAUUUUGUUCCAUGUUGGAACACCAAGGACGGUGAUAAUAUAAAAGAGGAAAGACGUCCAACAGCCUGUAUUGUGGUUCCACCCCCAUGCUUCCUCAAUUGUUUUUAAUAUACAGUAAGUGCAAUUUAUAUUGUAUUUAAAAGAAGAAAAAUGUCUAAAAACAUGUUUUUACAUUAUUUUUAGGGGGGGGCUUAAGGAAAUGUGAAAUGUGUUUGUCAAACGAUGUUCUUAACACAUGGGAUUAAUCUGUUGCCUUGCUUUUCAACAGACACUCUAUCAAACCUCCAUGAUUGGCGUUGGAGGUGUAAAUACACACUAAUACAUGUGCUAAACUCUUUGUGGGGUUAUUCACUGAUGCGUAUGAGCAUUAGAAACAAUUGUUUGUACAGCAAGUCACUCUGAAUGUCCAAGACAGCGAAAGUAUGCACGCAUGCAAGUAAGUGUGCAUUUUCUACUCUUUAGUGCAAAGUCGAUCAAUGAUCAGUUGUCACUGUAACUAAUGUGUAAGAGUUCUUAAUAUUCACAGAAACACGAAAAAUAUAUAACAGGAAAAACCAAAAAAUCAGCAGUCAUUGUACAAGAAUGAAGAAUAUUAAAACACAAAAAAUUGUAAUCUCGGGAAAAUUUUACGAGAAUAACAUCGUAAUAUUAUGAGGAAUAAUAAUGCCACAAAAAGAAAGUUGAAAUGGUUGCAAAAUUAAAAAAAAACAAAUUACCGGUAGUAGUAAUGUCAAUGUCAAACUAUUAAGAGAAAAGCGUUGCGUUGGAACGAGAAAAAAGAUAAUUUUUACAAGAAUAAACUCGUAAUAUGAGAUGAAAUAUUCAAGAAAAAUUAAAGGUGUAACAUGAGAUACAAAAUAAAGUUGUCGUUUUGGGAAAAUUGGGUUGGGGGAGGGGGGGGAGUUAUUAUUGGAAUAAAGUCAUAAUACGAGAAGAACAUUUAAGGAGAAAGUUGAAAUAUUUGAAAAAUUAAAAAAAACAGCAAAAAUUGGAGACAUUUCAUACUAUUAGGCUUUUUCACCUAAAGCACAAAGAUGCAAUUUUUUUUCUUGAAAUAUAUAUAUAACUUACAUAGCAUAUCUACGUGUGUUGCUUUACAAAAUAUCAAAGUGGCCCUUGCAUCCUUUCAUUUUUCACUAUGUGGCCCUCGGUGGAGAAUAGUUUGGACACUUCUGCACUAAAGCAUGAGCAACUGUUAAUUUCACUGUACUGCCUUUGGAAGACAAUAAAACAUUGAUUCAGUCUGUGUGUUUUGUCACCAACGACAAAGGUUUAUUUUAUAAUGACUGUAUUUAUCUCACAACAGGCACAAGAAUAACAUAAUUAGUCAUCAUAACACGGGCUAUUGUUUUGGCUCUACUCCAGCUGAAACUCAACUCUGAAUCCCCGACGUCCCUUCUUGGCCACACGUCCGGAAGACAUUUAUCGAAACACACAUGAUCAUGAGUCUUAUUAAUGUCUUAUUUUCUCUGCUUAUAUCUACUAUAUUGGGUAAUAUGAGUGUACAGGUGACUAUAGGGGUGUUAUUUCAUGUCCAAAGGCCUCUAAUGUUAAAAAUCAUAUUUAGAAAGUCAACAGUUUUUCUAUCCCCUAAAUACAAAAAUAUUCCGUUGAUAAAUAUUGAAUCCUACUUCACGGAAAUUCACUUACCGCGGUCGGGCCUGGUCGACCGGAUUAAGAAGGGAUUACUGGAUAAUUAAUGACAGAUUAUUUAUAUGAAAGCACCCAACAAAACAUUUUAAAAAAACCUAUUGAGACAGUGAGUACAGACAAAAUCUUGGUAUUUCUCAUAGAAAAAUGGAACAACAUGAAGCAAUUAACCAUUUUAUAACUUUCACAUAAUAUAGGAUUGUAUUAGUUUAUGGUUAAUUUGUAAAAAAAAAAAAAAAAAAACAGGCUAGCAAAGGAGGUGUUCUUGUGUUAUUUUUGUCUCCACUCGGGUGUCGUGUUGUUUUUCUUUCUUCAUUGCAUCUGUGACAGAAGCUGGCGUCUGCGCUCUGCGCUCAUGAAAAAGUGCAGUUUCCGUGGCAACAGUCUUAUCUCCACAGGCAUGGCUUCGUAGUCCUCAUUGUCGAUGCUGUAGAAGCCGCUGGCGCCCUGCAGGGUGGCAACACAAAGGUGAACCUUAUGCGACACGGGCCAGCGUGACCUUGCGUGUUGUCACAUGAACAUCAUUGCUCAUUCCAGUGCCCUCUGACCUCGAGCAGCUGCAGCCGGCAAGCACUGGCCUCUAGUUUAGUGGCGUUUUCCGUCAGCAUUGUUGGGUCCUGAUGUUUUUUGUUUCUGUGAGGAGUUAUUUAUUGUUACAUCUUUAUCACCUGCGCUCAACGUAAACAACUCAACCAACCCGACGGUGAUGAAUUCUCCCACAGUCAAGUUGGCAGACUCUGUGCAGAUCAUCAUGGAAUCGUUGAUUCGCUGCAAGUUCACAUCAAAAUAAACAAUUUGAAGCGUCAGCGUGGAAUAACUACUGUAAGUAUGCGAUGUUAUACUCACGCGCUCAAGAGGGUUUUUGUUGUGCGUUUGAAUAAACAGCUCGACUGAAGACAGCUUCUGUUCCUUCCACUGCUCUGGUUCUUCCGCUUUUGGAGCCUCUGAACACACACGUUGUUGUAUUAAGCACGAGUUGGCACAUUUGUGGAUACACAAUACCUUCAAGGGGCGGGUUCCAGUAGUUUUUCAGCCGGCGGAU